AUGUCGAUUGAAGUUGGUCAACAAGCUCCGGAUUUUACUCUUUUCAAUACGAAAUUAGAGAAGAUUUCAUUGAAAGAAUUGCGAACAAAAUCGAAUGUUGUAAUGUUAUUCUUUCCAUUGGCAUUUACGAAUGUUUGUAAAACGGAAUUAUGUUCGACUCGAGAUGAAAUUAGUAUUUAUGAAAAUUUAAAUGCAACAGUUUUGGGAAUAUCCGUUGAUUCGCCGUUCUGUUUGGCAAAAUUUCGAGAAGAAAAUGAACUUCCGUUUGAUUUGUUAUCCGAUUUCAAUAAAGAUGUGGCAAAACAAUACGAUUCACUUUGUGAUGAUGAACGAUUAGGUUUUAAAGGUCUUACAAAACGAAGUGCAUUUGUCAUUGAUAAACAAGGUCAAAUCAAAUAUGCAGAAAUACUCGAAAAUGCAGACAAACUUCCUGAUUUUGAUCAAAUCAAACAAACAUUAGAAAACUGUAAUUAG